AUGCGCGCAGAUACACCACGUAUCGUCCCUCUGACUUGUCAUGGCCACUCGCGGCCGAUAACACAUUUGAGCUUUUCCUCCAUCGUGGACGAUGAUCAGUACUACCUGAUAUCGGCUUGUAAAGACAACAAUCCUAUGCUACGAGAUGGCAUGACUGGCGAUUGGAUAGGAACAUUCAUUGGACACAAAGGCGCAGUUUGGUCGUCAAGAUUGUCUUCCGAUGCUAGGAUCGCCGCCACUGGAUCCGCAGACUUUAGCGCGAGAAUCUGGGAUCCCCAGACUGGAGAGUGUUUGUACAUCUUGACUCAUAACCACAUCGUUCGCGCCGUUUCAUUUCCAAUUCAGACAAAUCCGCAGUGUGUCGCUACCGGUGCGCAAGACAAGACCCUCAAAAUCUUCGAUCUCAGUCGCGGGGGCAGCGCUGCUUCACCCGACCAGGUUAAUGGGGCCACUCCAGUCACCGCAACGACCACUUCUGAGGGGCAUGAGAUUGGAGCGGGUCAACAUGGUGGUAGCAUCAAAUCGAUUGUGUGGAAUGUUGACUACAAUAUUCUCACCACGGCUUGCGAAGACAAGACAAUUCGUUGGUGGGACUUGAGAGUUCAGCGCAUGAUCGCCAGUGUCAAGACAGAGCGGGACAUUACUUCGUGUGAGCUGUCCACCAACAAAGCAGAAGACAGUAAUCCUGGAAUUUUGAGUGUGGCAGCAGGCCAGUCCUGUCUCUUUUUCGACGCCGGCAGACCUGGAGAGCUUAUCAAGCAAGUCAACUUCGACCACGAAGUUGCCAGUGUGGCCAUUAACCCUGCAACUGGACGCUUUGUGACUGGUGGGGGCAAGGAUACAUGGGUCCGUGUCUGGGACUUUGCACAGGAAAAAGAACUUGGUGAGCUUCAGCUGUCUUGGUAUCCCGUGCUUGAUCUAAUCUUAUCGCAGAGGUCCUCAAAGGCCAUCACGGACCAAUUUGGUCAACCGCGUUCUCCCCUGACGGCAAGAUCUAUGCGACUGGAAGCGAAGACGGAACAAUCAAGCUGUGGAAGGCUUGCAAAGAGCCAUAUGGUCUUUGGCGCUGAGCCCAACGCAACCGCACCACGGACAGUCGGCUCCGGCGCAAACUACGUACCUUCGAAACUGUGCGAAAUACUCGGCUAUCCAAACUCCCGAAAUAACGCGAUACUCACCAGGUCACAUAUACUGCUGGUGCUCAAACACCCAGCCGGUAAAGAGAUGUGGAAUGGCAAGGUGUCCAUAUGGGAGUUUGUCCAGGAUAUUUAA